AUGUGUAUAAGAUUAAUUAUACUUCCACCUACCUCCUCAUCGGAGGAAGACUCUCCGCCUCAAGAGCCGGAAUCGUCCUCUACAGAGGAAGAAGACUUAGAGGCCUCUCAGCCUCAAGAGCGGGUACCGGCCACACCAGAGCUUCCUCAAGAGCCAACAUCAGCCACAAUGACAGAGAGUAAUCUUCCUCCAGAGCCGGCAUCGGCCACGACUGAGACUAAUCUUCCUUCACAGCCGGCACCGGUCACGACGGAGACUAAUCUUACUCAAGAGGCGGCACUCGUCAUAACGGAGAGAAAUAAGAACGCGGUUGAAGCUUGUGAAUCCGAUGAGGAAUCUCUAAUAUCUGAUUCAACGAGUCUUCCAAGUCCGCUUGUGAAAUGUGAAGUUUCUAAUUUGGAGAAAGGAGAGUGUUCCCAAUCGAAGGAAAACAACAAUGACACCGUGGCUGGGCCCAAGAAUAAUGAAGAAGUGGAGAACAACAAUGGAGGAGGGUAUUUCGGGGACGAAGAAGAGAAAGAUCUGUUUGGGUCUGAUAACGAAGAUCACUGUAAAACCCUUGCUACUAGUCCCUACCCAAUUCCUGAGAAUGGAGGAUCUUUUGGACGAUUGAUGAUAUCAAGGGCUGUAAAUUAA